CUCUCUCUUUUUUCUAUCUUGCUUUCUUUACAUUCAAUCAAUGACAAAUCCUACUACAUUUCGUAAACUUCAGGCCAUUGAAGUCGGAAACGAUUUCAGUAAAGUGACUCGCGUUGUUACCGUCAAUUAUCAAGACUUGGUAGAUAAUUUAAAGAAGAAUCAGGUGGUUGUUAAAAACCUUUAUGUUGGUAUCAAUGCUUCGGAUAUCAACUUUACAAAUGGCAAAUACAUUCCUGGAAUCAAACCACCUUUUGAUGUCGGUUUCGAGGCUCUGGGUCAGAUUGUUGCUGUAGGUCCUGAUAUUCCCAAAGACAAGAUUGGAUCUUUUGUAUUAUAUACCCAGUACGGCGCAUUUGCUGAAUAUUGCGCUGUCGUUCACAAGAUGACCAUUCCUGUGCCUAAUGGCAAUCCUCAAUUAUUGGGCUUAUUAACUUCCGGCCUGACCGCCUCUAUUGCUCUAACAGAAACUGGACGCAUGACUAAAAAUGAAACUGUCUUGGUUACUGCCGCUGCUGGUGGUGCUGGUCAAAUCGCUGUUCAAUUAGCCAAAUUAGCAGGCAAUCAUGUUAUCGGAACUUGUUCCAGUGACGAUAAAGUAGCUAUGCUCAAGGAGUUAGGAUGUGAUCGUGUCAUUAAUUAUAAAAAAGAAGAUUUCAAGAUGGUCAUGAAGAAGGAGUAUCCUCGUGGUGUGGACAUCGUCUUUGAGAGUAUUGGCGGUAAUUUCUUUGACAUUUGCUUAAAGAGUUUGGCUGUUCGCGGUCGUUUGAUUGUCAUUGGUACACUAUCUAGUUAUUCAACCAAAGAUGGUAUGCAAGGCGAUAAGGUCGAUACACUUAAACUGCUGGGCACAUCAAGAACAGUCGCAGGUUUCUUCUUGCCUGAUUACUCCCAUUUGCAUGGCAAGCAUAUGAAGUCAAUGAUUGAACUUUUAAAUCAAGGCAAACUGAAAGUAUUGAUUGAUAGUCCUGGUACAAGUGGAAUCGAUCAUGUUGCAGACGGUGUUGCUUAUCUUUAUUCUGGAAAGAACAAGGGAAAAGUCGUUGUACCUCUUUUAAAAUCGCAUGAGUCAAAAAUUUAAAAUAAACUUUUUUCAGAAAUUAUUCGCACACAUUAC